GUCAUGACGUCAGACGCACAAAGCGUGCGCGCGCACCUCGUGAAGUCUUGAACUGGCAUCAAGCAGCAAAGAUGUUCCGGCCCAAGCCCACACUGAAGGACAGACAGCAUCUUUACAAGCUGAUCAUCAGCCAGCUGCUGUAUGAUGGCUACACCACUAUCGCCAACAGCCUGAUCAGCGAGGUGAAGCCCCAGAGUGUGGUGUCUCCAUCAGAGCAGCUCAUGCAGCUGGCCAAGAUAGGAAUGGAGAACGAUGACAGUGCGGUCCAGUACGCCAUUGGCCGCUCGGACACCGUGGCGCCGGGAGUCGGCAUCGACCUGGAAUUUGACGCAGACGUACAAACCAUGUCCCCCGAAGCGUCAGAGUAUGAGACCUGCUAUGUGACGUCUCACAAGGGUCCGUGCCGCGUGGCCACCUACAGCCGCGAUGGGCAGCUCAUAGCCACGGGCUCCGCUGACGCCUCCAUUAAGAUCCUGGACACUGAGCGCAUGCUGGCCAAAAGCGCCAUGCCUCUCGAGGUGAUGAUGAACGAAACGGCCCAGCAGAACAUGGAGAACCACCCCGUAAUCAGAACUCUGUAUGAUCAUGUGGAUGAGGUCACGUGCCUCGCUUUUCACCCGACCGAGCAGAUCUUAGCCUCCGGCUCUCGCGAUUACACCCUCAAACUCUUUGAUUAUUCAAAGCCGUCUGCAAAAAGAGCCUUCAAGCACAUACAGGAAGCUGAAAUGUUGCGCUCCAUAUCCUUCCACCCGUCUGGGGAUUUCUUGCUAGUCGGCACGCAGCACCCAACCCUGCGUCUCUAUGACGUUAACACGUUCCAGUGUUUCGUGUCCUGCAACCCUCUGGAUCAGCACACGGACACCAUCUGCGGGGUCUGUUACAAUCCCAGCGCUAACAGCUACGUCACCUGCAGCAAAGACGGCAGCAUCAAGCUGUGGGACGGCGUGUCGAACCGCUGCGUGACCACGUUCGACAAAGCCCACGACGGCGCUGAGGUCUGCUCGGCCGUUUUCUCCAAGAACUCCAAGUACAUUCUCUCCAGCGGGAAGGAUUCUGUCGCCAAGCUCUGGGAGAUCUCCACAGGCCGGACUUUGGUCAAGUACACAGGUGCGGGUCUCAGUGGGAGACAAACGCACCGCACUCAGGGUGUUUUCAACCACACGGAGGACUAUGUGCUGCUGCCGGACGAGCGAACCAUCAGCUUGUGCUGCUGGGAUUCACGCACGGCGGAGAGGAAAAACCUGCUCUCGUUGGGCCACAAUAACAUUGUGCGCUGUAUCGUACACUCGCCCACCAACCCCGGCUUCAUGACCUGCAGUGACGACUUCAGAGCGCGCUUCUGGUAUCGCCGCACCACCACUGACUGAGACGUUUGGGUGCUUUUUUUGUAUCAGCAGGUCUCAAACAUGGAUGCACAUGCAAAAAAAAAAUUGUACGUCCAUUUUUUAAAAGCUUCAGAGACUGCAGUACCGUUGUAUUACAUUUGGGUGGUGCUGUUUCACGAAUGAUCCGAGAUCCAUUCCUUUUCAAAUUUUAAUAGCUAUCAGCUGUUGCAUUGAUAUUAGCAGCUAGAGACAGAAGCUAGAGACUUUUUUUUUUUGUGUAUCUAACAAGUAGAUGAGUACUGCUCUGUCAUGGAAAGUACUUAGAAUGCUUUCUUUUCGGUUUCGAUUUGUGUACUGCGCCCCGUUUUAUAUUAAAAGACUGGGAGAAUUGUU